AUGGGCUGCGCGGGCGUCCUCGUGACUCCCACUGUGCUCGACAGCACCAGCGGACAGACCUGGGACACCAUCCUGCAGGAGAACCCGUGGCUCAAGACCACCAAUCUUGUGGCCAAGCCGGAUCAGCUCAUCAAGCGUCGUGGCAAGGCAGGACUCAUCGCUGUGAACAAGACUUUUGACGAGGCCAAGCAGUGGGUCAUGGAUCGCAUGUGCAAGGAGCAGCAGGUGGAGCACGUCACCGGGCAGUUGAACCACUUCCUGAUCGAGCCUUUUGUGCCUCACAAGCAGGAGCAGGAGCACUACAUCUGCAUGCUUUCCCACCGCUACCAUGACGAGAUCCUGUUCUACCACGAGGGUGGCGUGGAUGUGGGCGAUGUGGACGCCAAGGCAGAGAAGUUGGAGCUGCCAUACGGCGAGAAGCUGACCGAGGCCAUUGUCUUGGAGAAGCUGUUGAGCAAGAUGCCGGCUGCGAAGAAGGCCAACAUGGCAUCCUUCGUCCUCAGCCUGUACAAGUUCUACACAGACCUGCAUUUCGCUUACCUUGAGAUCAACCCAUUGGUCAUGCUGGAUGACAACACUGUGAUCCCGCUCGACAUGGCGGCCAAGAUCGAUGAGACUGCGAACUUCCUCUGCGCGCAGAAGUGGGGAGAGCUUGACUGGCCUCCUCCUUUUGGCCGUGCGGCCUACCCAGAGGAGGCGCUCAUCCGCGACAUGGAUGGCAAGACCGGUGCCUCUUUGAAGCUGACCAUCCUCAACGAGAAGGGCAGGGUUUGGACGAUGGUUGCCGGCGGAGGUGCCUCCGUCGUCUACGCUGACACCGUGGCAGACUAUGGCAUGGGCAACGAGCUCGCAAACUACGGUGAAUACUCCGGAGCUCCUUCCACGGAGGAGACCUUCGUCUAUGCCAAGACCUUGCUUUCAUUGAUGAUGAAAUACAGGCAUCCGGACGGUAAGUAUCUCAUCAUUGGCGGCGGCAUUGCCAACUUCACGGACGUGGCGGCGACCUUCACAGGUCUCAUCAAAGCCCUGCAGGAGUACGCAGAGGACAUCAAGGAGCACAAGAUCAAGAUCUACAUCCGCCGAGCUGGGCCAAACUACCUCGAGGGCCUCAGGAAGGUCAAGGCUGCCAGCGACAAGCUUGGCCUGGGCAUCAAGGUCUAUGGGCCAGAGACUCACAUCACCGCUGUCAUCCCAAUGGCCUUGGGCCUCAUCCAGCCUCUCCCGGAGCCCGACCUUUCGGCACCCUGCGGACCCCCAGUCCGUCCGCUUGUCGACAUGAAGGGCAAGAAGCCGACUCCCAAGGGUCACCCAGCCCCUCCAGCCGGCACCAAGCACACUCUCGUGACCGCCACGCCGGAGACCACCUGCAUCGUGUACGGCAUGCAGAAUCGAGCCGUCCAGGGUAUGCUGGACUUCGACUUCAUGUGCAAGCGAAAGAAGCCCUCUGUGGAAGCCAUGAUCUUCCCGUUCUCCGGCAAUCACUACGUCAAGUUCUACUGGGGUACUGAGGAAGUCUUGAUGCCCGUCUACACGACCACGAAGGAGGCCGUGCAGAAGCAUCCCAGCGUCUCCGUCUUUGUCAACUUCGCUUCUUUCCGCUCCGUGCAUGAGACGUCCAUGGAGGCAAUGAGCCACUCCAACCUCAAGACCAUCGCCAUCAUUGCCGAGGGUGUCCCGGAGCAGCAGACGAGGGAGAUCAUCAAGGUUGCCGAAGCCAAGGGAGUAGGCAUCAUCGGCCCUGCCACGGUCGGCGGGAUCAAGCCCGGAUGCCUCCGUAUCGGCAACACCGGAGGAAUGUUGGACAACAUUGUCAUGUCUCGCCUCUACCGACCCGGAUCGGUGGCCUAUGUCUCCAAGUCUGGUGGCAUGUCCAACGAGCUCAACAACAUCGUUUGCCGCAACUCUAACGGUGUCUACGAGGGUGUUGCAAUCGGCGGUGACCGUUACCCGGGCAGCCGCUUCCUCGACCACUUCCUCCGCUACCAGGACGACCCCAAGGCCAAGAUGCUCCUGCUCCUGGGAGAGGUGGGUGGCUUGGAUGAGUACGACCUCAUUGAGGCCGUCAAGAAGGGCCGCAUCACGAAGCCUGUGGUUGCCUGGUGCGUGGGAACCUGCGCAUCCUGCUUCACAACGGAG